AUGUUUCCUAGUAUUAGUAUACUUAAAAGUUGUAACAAGAAUAACAAGAUUCUGGUGGCGAAAUUAAGGUUGUUACGGGAAGAGAGCUAUGAGGGGUAUAUCAGUGAGGAGGAGUACCAGGGGCGACUGGCGAAUCUGAGGAAACUGGCGAAACAGAAGAAACUGGCGAAUCUGAGAAAUAAAGGUAUUAUCAGUGAGGAGGCAUACCAGAGGCUACUGGUGAAUCUGAGAAAUAAAGGUAUUAUCAGAGAGGAGGAAUACCAGAGUGAAUACAGAAGACAGACGUACAUAAUAUCAACACUCAACAACUGACCUAUCUACCAGAUGCUUUCUACAUCAUACUAGACCAGUGGUGGGCAAACUACGACCCACAAAACCCUGUCACCCGCCCGCCAGACCCUACCACUACAUCUGAAAAUUUAUGAGUAAUUGUAUCUUUUAUUGAAGUAAAAAAUCGAAGUUGCUUAUUGUUGGGCCCGAAAACUCUUUAGGAUCAAUAAUCUUUGUAGAUCUAUUUAUAGCUUGCAGCGCCUAAGUGACAUCGCUUGACUUGGGCCUACUUUCAUUUUACGUUAUUGUUUGAUUUGUUGAAAUGCUUUUGACAAGCACUGUAAAACUAUUUUGUCUGACAAAUCUCAGUACCAUUGUUCCCACUAACUUCAUUUUUCAAUGUGCCUGAUAAGGAUAGUGUUAAAAAUAAAGUGCUUUGUUCCGUAUUACUUUAUUCAAUAAAAUGACAUUUCAUAAUCCUUGUUUCGCCCUUGCUGUUUCAAAACUUUGUGUUUGGCCCUUCACCUAAAAAGUUUGUCCACCACUGUACCUAGACCAUAUGUUUUAUUUUCUUAUACCCAAUUAGCUCUUUUCAAAGGGCAAACAUGACUUUGUAUUCUGAUAUAUUAUUUUAAUUACACCAAAUCUAUAGCAGUAUUCUCAAAUAUAGCUUUUAAUUUGUAUUUUGAUGUUAAAAUUAUAUUUUGAUUUACAAUAAAUCUAGAUAUGUAUUCUGAAACUAAAAUAAAUUCUCCUAUGUAUUUUAAAAUUAUAUUUUCAUUACAAUAAAUAUAGAUAUAUGUAUUCUGAAACUAAAAUAAAUUCUUAUUUGUAUUUUGA